CCGAGCCCCCCGCGGCCGCCGGCCGAGGACAUCUCCCCCCGCGAUGUCUUCAUCGCCGUCAAGACCACCAAGAAGUUUCACAAGGCGCGGCUGGAGCUGCUGCUCGACACCUGGAUCUCCCGCAACCGCGACAUGACCUUCAUCUUCACAGACGGGGAGGAUGAAGAGCUGAAGAAGCAAGCACGAAAUGUCAUCAACACCAACUGCUCGGCCGCCCACAGCCGCCAGGCCCUGUCCUGCAAGAUGGCCGUGGAGUAUGACAAGUUCAUCGAGUCCGGCAGAAAGUGGUUCUGCCACGUGGAUGAUGACAACUACGUGAACGUGCGGACACUGGUGAAGCUGCUCUCCAGCUACCCCCACACACAGGACAUCUACAUCGGGAAGCCCAGCCUGGACCGGCCCAUCCAGGCCACGGAGAGGAUCAGCGAGAACAAGAUGCACCCUGUGCAUUUCUGGUUUGCCACGGGCGGAGCGGGGUUUUGUAUCAGCCGGGGGCUGGCGCUGAAGAUGAGCCCGUGGGCCAGCGGGGGUCACUUCAUGAGCACUGCAGAGAAGAUCCGCCUGCCUGACGACUGCACCAUCGGCUACAUCAUCGAGUCUGUGCUGGGGGUGAAGCUCAUCCGGAGCAACCUCUUCCACUCACACCUGGAGAACCUCCACCAGGUGCCCAAGACAGAGAUCCACAAACAGGUGACACUAAGCUACGGCAUGUUUGAGAACAAGCGCAACUCCAUCCACAUGAAGGGAGCCUUCUCUGUCGAGGAGGACCCAUCCAGGUUUCGCUCUGUGCACUGCCUGCUGUACCCCGACACGCCGUGGUGCCCCGCCAACGUGGUUUACUAGGAGGCGCGUGUCCCCUCCAACCUCGUCCCGAAUUUCCCCGGUAUCCGACGGGCGUGCGGGACCUGCGUGCGGGUGUGUCAGUCUGGCCUCGCUGUGAGACAGACGGACGGACGUCGUUGCUGUGGUAUUGCACAGUGUGUGUGUGUACUGAAGGCUGCUGUGCGGCCCCUUGUCCCUUGCCCUGCCUGCCCGGCUGCCCGUGCCCGCUGCCUGCUUUGGCCAGGACGGUGGAGAGGGUCGGGUCCUGAGCACUUAACCACUGGGCACCCCCGUGGCGCUGGCGGGCCCCACGCCAUGCGUGGGGAGCAACCACAGGCACUGCGGGGCUCUGCCUCCCCCGGGCUUGCUUCUCCUGUUUCGUUUUAUUUUGUUUUUUUCUUUCAAAUGUUAAGUUUUUUGGUGUGUGCCUCCCCACCCUUGUCUCUACCCUCCACCCUGUUCCCAUAACCCCUCACCCAUCCCAUCCUCUCUCCCAGCCCCAAAAUCUCAGCAGCGAAGCUCCGGCUCCCGAUUUGGAUGAAGGGUCACUGGCGAGUUUUGCUCGCGGGCGGGCAGAGGGCAGGCAGGGGCAGCCCCCCCAGCCAUGGCAAACAGCGCUCCAGGGUGCUGCAAAGCUGCUGGGUGCUCGAUGGCUGCACUGGAGGGAGACAGUGGGGUGGGCUGCAAGCUGGCGUUGUUAGCUCCGUUUCUAGAGCUCCCCCCGUCUGGCUGUACCAUUGCCGGCAGCAUUGAUCUAUGCACUAUUUAUAGAGACUAACGUAAAGACUUUCUAUAAAUAUGGGGGGCGGGUGGAGGGCCUUUCCGGAGCCGCCGGUGCAGCGUGGGCACUAUGUUUGAACAAGGUCUCCCUUCAGUGCCGCCUCCCUGCCUGCUCGCAGGCUGGGUGCAGGCAGGCUGAACACGGGCAGCCCCACACCUUUGCAGAGGAGCGCUUCGUGGUCCAGCCCCGGGGGCUGUGUGGGUGUCCCCCCCACUCUGCUGUGGGCAUAGAGCAUCCUCCAGCCCUGGCCCGGCUGCGGGUGCUGCUGGGGUGGCUGGAGCUGGCCAAAAGGGCACCUGCCAUGGCCGGGCAGCGUUUCCCCACUGGGCCAUUGCUCUCUCCCUGACAGGGAGGGAUGUAGCCGGGGAGGGAGAGGGACCCCACAACCCCCAGCAGCUGCCCUGCCUACCGCCACCAGCCCUGUGCCCCUGGGGUAAGUGGGCUGAGUUGGAGCUGAAUGUUUCCAACCCGAAGCUGAGUGAAAAUAGCCCAUAAUGGGUGCGUUGUAAAUAUGUUAUUGUGCCAGUAUUUUUUUUACUGUGCCUUUUUUUAAGAAGAAAACCACAUUGAGAAAUAUGUAGAUUUUAAAAUGCUUUUUAUACAUUUUCUGUGGAUCGGAAAAAAAAAAAAAUUCCCAACCUUUGAUAAUCUGUUUAAGAAAGAAGAGAAAAAAAAAAAAAAAAAAAGCAAUGUCUUGUAACUAUCACUUACCUUAAUUUAUAUGUUCCAGUAUCUGGAACAUCACUCUGUGCUUUUUGUAACUAGGAUGUGUUUAAAGCGAUAGAUGUGGGAUGGGGAACCAGCAUGAACAGUGUGUUCUCAGGGACUUGAACCCGAUCGCUGCCACGGGGUUCCCGUGGGAGCUGUCACCAAUAAAGCAACUUUUUUGCUGACCACAGUCACCUG